AUCUCUAUGGUUUAUUUAAAUCGUUUGCUUAAUUAGUUCUGUUAAUUGAUAAAUUUUCUUUCAAAUUCAGUAUUAAUUCAGUAAUGGUAGCAUUAAAAUUAGGAAAUAAAAAUGUUUUUUCUGAUGGCGAUACCGUAUAUAUAAUUGCGGAAAUAGGGCAAAAUCAUCAGGGCAAUUUGAAUACCGCAAAGGAAAUGAUAUCGGAAGCCAAAAGAAUAGGGUGUGAUUGCGUAAAAUUUCAAAAAUCGUGCCUCCCAGCUAAAUUUUCCAAAACAGCCCUUAAGCGUCCCUAUAUAUCAGAGAAUUCCUUUGGCAAGACUUAUGGCGAACACAAAGAGUUCCUUGAAUUUAGCGAAACCCAGUAUAGAGAAUUAAAAAUAUAUUCGAAAAGUGUUGGAAUAGAUUUUACUGCAUCAGCUAUGGAUGAGAUUUCUUUAGAUUUUUUAAACGAGCUGAACGUACCUUUCAUAAAAAUAGGCUCCGGCGAUGCUAACAAUGUACUGCUUUUGAGAAAAGCAGCUAAAAUGGAUACUCCGCUAAUUGUGUCUACAGGAAUGCAAACGACCGAAACUAUCGAGAAAAUUGUUGAUAUAAUGCAAAAGAGUAACAAAACUAAUUAUGCUUUAAUGCAUUGCGUUUCUUCUUAUCCCACUGAUCCAGAGGAUUGCUCUUUGAAUAUGAUAACUCGUCUGAAAGAGUGGUAUCCAAACAUAGUUAUUGGAUAUUCCGGGCAUGAAAAGGGCAUUGAAAUAAGUAAAGCAGCAGUGUUAAUAGGCGCCAGAAUUAUAGAGCGACAUUUUACUUUAGAUAAUAGUCAGAAGGGUUCAGAUCAUAAAUGUUCAUUGGAACCUUACGAAUUUGGAAAUCUAGUUAAUGAAAUCAGGACAUUAGGAAAGCUUCGUACAUUGAAUAAAGAACAAAUUAUGGAUAUGCUUCGUCAUCAUAAAGCUAUCGAAUUGGCUUUGAAAGAGAUAAAGUUAAGAACUAUACUUCCAAGUGAAAUGCAAUGUCGAAGCAAAUUAGGAAAAUCCAUUGUUGCUACUAAAUAUUUGAAAAAGGGAAAUUUUUUAGAGCUAUGCGAUAUUUGUAUUAAAGUAAGUGAGCCAAAUGGCAUAUCUGCAGAAUACUUUGAUUCAGUAGUAGGUAAAUUGAUUACAGCUGAUGUGAAUGAGGAUUCACCUCUAACUUGGAGUCACAUUUCUAUUUAAUUUCAAUUAAUUUUUCUACAAAAAAAGAAAACUUAUUUUAUUUUUUAUUAAAAUACGAUAUUGUUUUGUUAGAAUAAUAAAUAAUUUAAAAAAAAGUUGUUCAUAUAUUGCGUAUGACAUGAAUUUAUUUCCACAAGUUUCAUUAAAUUAAAUGUAAAUAGAUUGUUGUAUUAGAAUAGAGUAAUCAUCUACUCGACUGUAUCGUCAUCUGCUACACCAUCAUUUUCUACAGCUUCCAUAUCUUCCUCACCCUCGCCGUCUUUCUUAUCAGCUGGUUUCUCAUACACCGCCUCUAGAGGAGAGACAACUACUCCGUUCCAUACGGACAUUUCCCGUACAAUACUUGUAUUUCCUUCCAAACCAAGUAUAUGCUUAUAUCCACCGUGGGCAAGGACACGUAAAAGAGUUUGAGCAGUUAAACAACAAACAUCUUGCUGUUCCAAAGUCAUUGCAGUAUGAACCCGAAUGUGACCUGGUUCACAAGGAUCCGUUAUACCAGCCGAACCGGGCAAAAAUAAUCCAGCAGAAAGCAACUGAAAAACACGUCUGAAUGCCAAAUUUAUAGGCAAUGCUUGUCGGGAUGGAUUGUUCAUAAUAGACAAAUGAGCGAUUAAGUCUAGCAUCCAAGGCGAUAAUGGCGCGAAUGCGUCAAAUCUUCUUGUGAGAUCUUUUAAUAUGCGAAUCAACACCUUGAUAGAAGAGUGAUGAGCAUUUUCUUCAAACCAUCUUGUAUGCCGAAUAGCAGCGAGAUGUGCUUGCAUUAGCUUCUGGUCAAGGUGAAUAUCGGCUUCCAAUUUUCGCAAAUUUUGAGGGAGUGUUGCUAUCAAAAUACGAACUUUAGCUUGCCAAUUUGCCACAUCAAAUCCACGAUCAUGUAUUGUUGUGUAAAUUUGAUCGGCUUUUGUUAACACCUCAGUUUUCAUAGCAUUUUUAAGAUCCGAUUCUACUUUCUUAGACAAUGCUUCGCACGCCUCUUUUGUUGGUAAUGUUUUCAGUAUAACAACGAUGUCAGCAACAUUAUUGCCAGAUAUCAUGGUUCCCUUUUUAAACGAUCCCACUUGGCGCACCUCCUCCAAUUGCUACAAUAGAAAAAUUAUUUAUAUACUUGUGAGAUAAAAUAGAAACGUUAAACCAAUGAAACUUACACAGGUAUUAAAAUCGCCAGGCGCCACCACAAGAUUAUCUAGAACUGACUGAACUUUUGUCACCAAGUUUCCAAUUGAAGUUUGCUCAGCUGGUGUUGGACUGAGAUCUUGGUUACGCUUUAAGAGGGCUGCAGUUAGACUAGAAUCAUCAACUGCAGGUGAAACUUUUGGAAAUAGAACCUCAGCAACUAAAGUCAAAUCGAAAGGAUGCCUUGGAAUAAAGGUCUUUUUAAAAGGUGGCCGAUGGAGUCCACCUCGGAUUGGUCUACCGCCCCGCAUUGCUCCUCGCACCAUUUUUCUAUUUGAGGAAUUAAUGAUUGCAAUAUUUUAAUAGAAAUGUUCUUUGAAAAUAAGCACUGCAAGCAGACUUUACAAUAUGAAACCCGAAAAAUCGAUUGGAGAAUUUAAUAGAGAAAAUUUACCAGACAGUCGCAACUUAACCGAUAGUGAAAUCGAUUGUUGAUAAGUUCAAGUUUGUGGUCAUUUAGCAUGUUGGUAGCACUGCGGGUCGGCGUUUUUAUUUGCAAAUUUUCUUUUAAUAUUUCUAUUCUCAACUAAAAGUAUACAGUUAAACUAGAAGUCUAAUAAAAUAUAAUAUUUAAUACAAUCAUGGAAGUUGAUAAAAAUGAAAGUGUUAAUGGAGUAGAAUUAACUGAAGCUGAAAAUGAGUUGUAUGACAGGCAAAUUCGACUUUGGGGAUUAGAAUCGCAGAAAAGACUCCGCACAGCAAAAAUAUUAGUUGCCGGAUUAGGCGGAAUUGGUGCAGAAAUCACAAAAAAUAUAAUUCUUUCCGGUGUUCACUCGGUAAAGUUACAAGAUGAUAAAAUUGUUACAGAAGAGGAUUUUUGCGCUCAGUUUUUAGUGCCGCGUGCUGCAAUCGGUAAAAAUCGUGCAGAAGCGUCAAUUGAACGAGCACGUUCUCUAAAUCCUAUGGUGGAGAUAUCGGCCGAUACAGAUUCGCUUUCCACCAAAGAAGCUGAUUACUUCGCAAAGUUCGACGUAGCUGUUGUGAUCGGUGCAUCCAACUCGGAAUUAUUGCGUGUUAAUAACAUAUGUCGUGAAAACAAUGUCAAGUUUUUUGCCGGCGAUGUUUGGGGAAUGUUUGGUUAUUGUUUUGCAGAUCUACAGGAACACAGUUUUGUUGAGGAUGUGGCAAAGCAUAAAGUCAUUUCGAAACCAAACGAAAAAGUAAAAACUGAGUUAGUCACUGCAGCUAUCCAGCGCACUUUGAAUUUCCCAUCUUACGGUGCAGUUGUGGAUUUCGACAUCAAUUCACCGGCUUAUCAAAAGAAGCUUAGGCGUACUGGACCUGCUUUGAUAUUAUUGCGCGUACUUCAAGAAUUUCGAGAAGACUUCAACCGCGAUCCUUGCUAUAAAACUCGUGAUGCUGAUAUUUCGGAAUUGCAGCGUAUCCGAAACGAAAUAACAAGUGUGAGCUCGUUAUCUGAUGAACAUUUUGGGAACGUGUUCGCACAAGUUUCACCCGCUGCGGCAGUAGUGGGUGGUGUUUUGGCCCAAGAGAUUAUCAAAGUAGUUUCCAAGAAAGAAGCACCUCACUGUAAUGUAUUUCUAUUUGAUCCAGACAAUUGUUGUGGCUUUGUAGAAACGAUUGGUUUUAAUUAACAACUUAUUUUCAA